AUGCUUGAUAUAUAGGUAGUGGAUUAGUAUAGCUUAUAUGCUCAUUUUUUAGAAUUAACAGCCCCAUAUUUUCCAAUUAAAAAUUUUUAAUUUAAAGACAAGAUAGGAACACUCAAUGUUUAAUUCAAAAACUAAAUAACAUACAAGCCAUUAAUUUAUAUUUAUAUUUUAAGCACUAACUCAUAUGAAGGUUAUAAAAAUACUGCUAGAUAAAGAUUAAUGAAAUAUUUUGAUGAUUAUCCAGCAAAAAAUAGCAUCAUUUUAUUUUUUCCAAGUUUAUUAAGAGUAGAUGAUAAAGUUAAUGUAAAAUUACAUAAUAUUGAAUGAGAAAAUCCUCCAGUAAACUCAUGAGUUAAUUUGCUAAGAUUUAUAGAUUGUAAAGCAAUUUCCGAAGGAGAAAGUUUAAAAAAUAAUUUUCUAUGAUUCUGAGAAAGAAUUGAAUAAGGAAUAAUGUAUGAGAGAAUUUUUAUUUCAUUUCUAAUUAUCAAUUCAAUAAUAUUUGGAGAGUUAAUUAGAUAUUUUAGAUAGUUAAAUAUAUGAGUAAGAGUAGUUAAUGUAAGAUCAUUUUAAUUUAUCAUUUAGAUAAGAAAAAUCAUUUAGUUUUUAUAAGCUAUAUGCUUUAAAAGAAAAAAAAGCAAAAAUAUAUGAAAACAUAAGUUUAAAGUAGGAAGCUUUAGAAAUAUAUGUAGGAUAAGAGAAAUUCUUUUUAUAAUAAUACCCAAAAACAAUACAACCAAUUUUUAAUGCAAUACAUCCAUUUGAUUUCCUUGUCAAAAAAUCUGUUGAAUUAAAUAUUAGAAAUUUUGAAGAGUCAGGCGAUGAAUCUUAAUCUACAAUUUUAGAUUAUUUAGUAUUGAUACAAUAUAGGGUAUUUAUUAGCAUUAUUAAAGAUAAUUGAUUUAUUAUCAGGUGGAAAUUAAAUUUAUGGUGUUGAAAAGAUAUUGUAAUUUUCUGAAGAAAUUGAACAAGUUGUUCAUAAAUAAAUUGAGAUUAACAAAUAGAAGUAAAAAUUUCAUGCAGAUGAAGAAGAAUUAUGGGGUUUAGGAUUAUUAAUUUGGCAAUUUUUUAAUAUGGUAUACAUCAAUUUAUAUCAAAGAAAGGCAGCAUUAAUUUAAUGGCUUCUGUACCACAAAAUUUAUCCGGAAAUUUAUUAUUGCAAUAAUUACAAUCUUAGCUAAAAAUUAGAUUUUCUUUAUUAAAUAUUGUUGAAAAACUAGGAUAGACACUUUAUUAAAUAUAAUUUAAUCAUGUAAGAAGAUUACCAUUAUCAGUACAAUGUGAAUUAUUGGAAUAAACUAUUCUUGAAUAAGUAAAUGAGAUUAAAUUUGAUGAAGUUGUUAUAAGUAGAAAUGUUUAAAGUGACCCUAAAGAAUUAUUUAAAACUUAUUUAUUAAGUGACACUAAAUUGAAAGGUCAAAUACACAAUCUACAGGAUUUUUCUGAAUUUUAUUGUUCAAUAGUAAAUGAUAUAAUUUCAAUUGCUAUUCAAUUAAAUUUGCAUAGAGUAAUAUUUGAAUAUUAAUUUAUGAUCUUAAAAUUAAAGAAUGUGUAUCCAAAAUUAGAACUAAAUCAAGAGAAUUUAGAUAAGGCUUUAAAAUACAAUAAUAUUGAUUUUAAAAACCUCAAUUCAAGUUUACUUGUUUAGAAAUUGAUAUAUUUUUAUAGAGAAAAAAUGGAAUUAUCAUUUUAAGAAACUUUUAAGGAUACAUUAUAAUCAAAUUUACCUGGGAGUAGAUAUACUAAGCUUUUUUAAAUUUUGAAACUUCCUUAAACUAAACUUAAAUUAUCAUUUAUAGGAUACUUUGAAACAUUUUAAGUAAAACAAAGAAUAUCUUAUAAUGAUUUCGUAUUUAAAUUUUCAAUAUUAAAAUAUUUGUAAGUUGAAUGUGAUGGAAUUUUUACAAUAACAUUAAAGCAUAAAGGUGGGAGUGUUAAAGAUAAAAAAAAGUUGAAAUUAAUAUCUGAUAUGAAAUAAUUGAGAGAAGAAAAAAAAGUGAAUUUUGAAUUUAAAUAAUCUUUAAAUGAUAAUUAAGGAGGUUUAUAUUCAAUCAGAAAAGUCACUUUUCUUUCGGGACCUUUUAAACUUUACUUCGAUGUUUCUUAAAAAGUUUAAUAAUUAAAAUUGCAUUUAAUGCAUCCAUUAAUAAACAUUUAGAAUAUUGCAACUAUCACGAAUAUAGGCACUCCAAUAUUAUUAUCAGUAAGUGAUUUACCAAUGGAAAUAACUGAAAUGGAAUUGACAAUAAUAUCAAAAGUUAAAAUAGCAUCUGAGUUAUUGAGUCUUUAAGGAGUAUCUAUCUCAUAAAAGGGCAACAUUCAUAAAGUUGUUGCUGAUUAACAUUUUUUAAUUUAACAUCCUUUCAUAUUGACAUUAUAUUCCUUUGAAGAAUUUAAAGAUUAAUAGUUUAAAUUAAUCAUUAGUGUUAAAAAUCAUUAAUUUGCAACUAAUUUGAAAGUAAACUCAAUAAAACUUCUUGAUAUAGUAGAUUUAUCUGAUAAGAUAGAUGAUGAUUUAGAACUGUAUGAAUUAAAAAGCAAUUAUAAUUAAAAUAUCUAAAUUGAUAAUGGAAGUUAAAAUUUAGAUUUAAAAUAUCUUAAUUCAAUUAGAUAAGUUGUUUAAAAAGGCUAAUGUAAUAUAUUGUAAUAUUGUAGUGAUUUUCAUUAAAUAAUAAUUUAGUUUCAAAGAAUCAUUUUAGAAAUUAGGUGUUUUAGAUGAGUCUUAUUUUGAAUAGCUAGAACAAUUAUAUUGUAAAUAACAAUCAUUAUAAAAAAUACUUAAUAUUAAAAAAAGUUUGUAUGACAUUUACUAACUGAAGAAAAAGUCAAUAUUGUUUAAAGUUCAAUUUAUGGUAUUUAAGACUAUUAAUAAUUAGAGUGUCUUUAAUUAAGAAAGAUUUAUACCGUAUAGUCAACCAGAUUAUUUCGAUAUGGCAAUAAAGAUUUAAUUUGUAGGAGAUGAUGAGGGGCUAUUUUAAUUUGAAUUAAAAUCUCAUCAUCCAAAGUAGAAUAGAAAAUGGAAAGAUAGUAAAUAAUUAAUUAAUUUUAAAUAGCAUUAUCAUAAUAAAAAACUAUAAGCUUAAUGAAUUUUAAAUGUUUUCUCACUGGGACUGAAGAUUUUGAAAAGCCUUAAUUAAGAGUAAAUUUAAUAAAAGAAGACAAGAUAUAUGAAAUAGAUGAAAAAUAUAUAGAUAUUGAUUUUAUACUCAGCAUAAAUGAACAAUCAUUAUGA